AUGGUUGAGUUGGGCGGUGCUGGUGUGCUGCUCUCAGCUAGCAGUUUUUCAACAUCAAAAGAAGUAUCAGAAAAGUCUAAAGUGUCCAAACUUCUUGCCACUGAAGGAAUCAAGAAUGAGGCCGUUUCUGACAAGGGCGUGAAGAGACACAUUCCGUCGUUUGGCGGCGGUCACUCUGUUGGAUUCUCGUCCCCAGGAAUUAGUCUGGGACACUCGAUCGGAUAUUCUGGAGCUGGUAUUGGAAUAUCCUCUGGAGGCUUUGGUGGUGGAAUCGGUGGAAUUGGUCUGGGUGGCGGCGUGGGAGGAGGAAUCGCUACAGGACCGGCCGUCGCAUCUGUUGCAGCAGCACCAGUAGCAGUCGCCCCGGUGGCAGCAGCUCCCGUGGCAGUUGCUCCAGCAGUGCAAACAUCAGUUAACAUAGAGCCCAACCCUGUAAUUCUUCGUCAAGAAGUACCACGUUACAUCACCAGGACCAUCACGCGCGACGUCCAGGUGCCGGUACAAGUACCCGUGCCAGUCCCUGUGGACCGUCAAGUUCCCGUCCCUGUGAGGGUCCCUGUGCCUGUGACUGUGGUUAGGCCUGUACCUUACCCAGUCGUGCAGAAAGUCCCAGUGGAGGUCACAAGGCAGGUGCCUGUGUACUAUGAGAGGAAAGUGCCAUACCCUGUGAAGGUUCCCGUGAAUGUGCCAGUCCCGUAUCCUGUGACUGUGGAAAAGCAAGUGCCAGUCGACAGGCCGGUGUACGUUGACCGCCAAGUGCCAGUGCCACACCCUGUGUACGUAGACCGGCCUGUGCCCGUCCAGGUUCCCGUGCACGUCGACAGGCCUGUGCCUGUUCCCCAACCUGUGGUUGUGGAUAGACCCGUACCUGUGCCUCAGCCGGUAGUAGUUGAGAGAAGAGUCUCCGUACCAGCAGUAGCUGCUGUGCAAGCUGUCUCUACAGUCCCCGUGGCAUCAUCUCUAUCUUCCGUGGCCCUAGGUGCUGGUUCUAUCGGCCUUGGUGGGAUUUCGAGUGGUAUUGGCAUUUCUGGGGGCUAUGGCAGCGGAUACGGUAGUGGCUAUGGCAUUGGAUAUGGCAGUGGUUAUGGUAUCUCAUCGGGCUACGGAGGAGGUUUCUCCAAGACAAUUUCGUACAACAGCAUUGGUCACCACUAA